GCAAAACUAGAGCGAAGAGCCUCGUCUCGGGCCAUUAGAGCUUCUCCCUGAAACCUCAGCUCCUCAAGACGGCCAUGGCUUUGCUGACUCGAGUCCCGCGCGUGCCUCUCCAGCUCGGCGCCCAACGCGCCCUCGCCCUCCACACCACCCCGUCUCUCUACUCCUCCGCCACCUCCUCCUCUCCGGCCACCUACGAACGCCCUCCCCCGCCGGCCACGUCGUCCCCGGCCGGACUCUCCAAGGCGGCGGAGUUCGUGAUCUCCAAGGUCGACGAUCUGAUGAACUGGGCCCGGCGUGGCUCCAUCUGGCCCAUGACCUUCGGCCUCGCUUGCUGCGCCGUCGAGAUGAUGCACACCGGCGCUGCCCGCUACGAUUUGGACCGCUUCGGUAUCAUUUUCCGGCCAAGCCCUCGCCAGUCCGAUUGCAUGAUCGUCGCCGGCACUCUCACCAAUAAGAUGGCCCCGGCUCUCCGCAAGGUUUAUGACCAAAUGCCUGAGCCUAGAUGGGUCAUCUCUAUGGGCAGCUGUGCAAAUGGGGGUGGCUACUACCAUUACUCGUAUUCUGUCGUCAGGGGAUGUGACAGGAUUGUCCCUGUUGAUAUCUACGUCCCGGGCUGUCCUCCCACUGCUGAGGCCCUACUCUAUGGCCUUCUCCAGUUGCAGAAGAAGAUCAACCGGCGCAAAGAUUUCCUCCUCUGGUGGACCAAGUGAGGGCGUUCAUGUUGCAUGUUGGGCAGCUUUGGUUAUAUCCUAUCAAAUAAAAAGUCAAUCCAGGGUGGUUUGCCCUGGCUAAGCACCAUGUAAAGGGAGACAUUGCAUUGGCAUGUUAUAAAUUUAGAUCUCAGGAUGUCCUUUGUUGUGCUUUGAUUUUUUGUUCUGUUGCUUUUGGAGCUAUAAUAGUAGCCACAGAUUCUCUAAAACUUGAUUUUUUUUCUAAAACUGUACUUGUUUGAUUGUUGAAAGCUGCUUAUAGUUUUUGCUUGACCUGGGAUCGAGUAAGCUUGGAAUUUGCAAGCGAUCUCAAUUCCAAGUUGCCGU